CAGUGUGUAUAUAUAUAAGUGGAAGCUAGGGAACCAUAAAACAAAAAAAAAUACAAGAAAUAAAAGAAAGUAAACGAUGAGAGGUAGCAACCACUUGAUCGGUUUGUUAAACUUCUUGACUUUUUUGCUGUCAGUUCCAAUCCUUGUGUGUGGGAUAUGGCUGAGCACCAGAGCUAACAACACAGAAUGCCUCAAGUUCCUUCAGUGGCCGUUAAUCGUCAUAGGAAUCAGCGUCAUGGUUACAUCCUUAGCCGGUUUGGUCGGAGCCUGUUACCGGAACAGCUUCCUCAUGAGCCUCUACCUCGUUGUCAUGCUCUUCAUACUCUUGGUCCUCGUUGGCUUCAUCGUCUUUGCAUAUGCUGUCACAGCCAAGGGUUCCGGGAGGGAGACACUGAACCGCGCUUACUUGGAGUAUUACCUGCAGGACUACGAUGGUUGGUUGAAGAAACGCGUGGAAAGUGAUGGCUAUUGGAGAAAGAUAAGGUCUUGUGUUAGGGACUCUAGGGUUUGUGGGAAGAUUGGGAGAACCGUUGAUGGGGUGCCUGAAACUGCUGAUAUGUUCUACCUCAGGAAGCUCUCUCCUAUUCAGUCUGGAUGCUGCAAGCCCCAGAGAGAGUGUGGGUAUGUGUAUGAGAACGAGACGGUGUGGAGGCCAAGAGAAGGAGUGGUGGUGGGAAGCAACCCAGACUGCACUAGGUGGAGCAAUGACCAACACUUGCUUUGCUAUGACUGUGACUCAUGCAAGGCUGGUGUAUUGGCUACUCUAAAGAAAAGUUGGAGGAAGGUUUCCGUCAUUAAUAUUCCUGUCUUGGUAACCCUUGUGGUUCUUUACAUCAUUGCUUAUGCUGCGUAUAAGAACAACCGCAGGAUAAAUAACUGCGAACCAUGUGGUCAAACAAGGAUGACAACAUUACAACCUAAGUAGCAGAUAUCAUUCAUAUUCAUUUCUAGCCAGCUGCAGCAACUGUUUAAUUAGGAAUACAAAUUAAGGGUGUUAUUCGUAUCCUCUUAUUUAUGUCCCUAUGUUUCUAGCUUUCGUGCUUUAUAUGUCAUUAAUGAUGUAUGCAGGAGUUUAACAAAAGGUGUAUUUUUUUUUUUUUUAACAUUUGACAGUCAAUUUUAAAUUAUCAUUAAAAUUAGAUAAA